AUGCAAGCUCCCGAUAAAAACCUCUCCGUGGACGACUGGUGGUUCCAACUGCAGGACGCUAUUCGCUCGACCGCCCUGAGUGUUCUCAGAUACGCAUGUCGCAAACAUCAGGACUGGUUUGAGGACAACGACGCCGACAUCAGCAUUCUGCUCGCUGAAAAGCACAGGCUUCACAAGGCCUGCAUGAACCACCGAAUAGACGUCAAGAAGGCGACGUUCUUCCGCCAUCGUCGCAUCGUUCAGUACCGACUGAGGGAGAUGCAGGACACCUUGAGUACCCGCAAAACCGAGGAAAUCCAGAGUCAUGCUGACCGCAAUGAACUCAAGAAUUUCUCAUCACUCAAGGGGAUCUACGGCCCCCAAUUGAGGGACCAACGCUGCCUCUCAGCUCCGAUGGAACUAAACUUUUAG